AUGAAUAAGUUUCUAACCAUACAAGGAUUGAGCGGCUCCAGUAUAGUGGGCGGCUACGUUGUAAGAUGCCUCUGUCAGAAGGCAUUUCGUUCACGUCGAAUCGGCACCGAAGGCCAAGUGAUCUCGCGACUUCUCACUGACUACGAUCCAGCCACUCGCCCACCCGUCCGAGAUAAUGCUGAUCACUCUUCUAUUCUGGUGAUUACCAAUAUCUUCAUCAAUCGAGUCAACUGGCAUGACAACCGAGCGGAGGUUGAUCUGUACUUGCGGCAACAGUGGGAGGAUGGACGAUUGCAGUACGAAGUUGAUCCGCGGGAGGAUAUCGAUCAGGUGUGA